CUAUGCGGGUGCUACCAACUCCGUGAUCAUCGUCAAUAUUUUAGAUUGGAGCAACAGCUCUGCAGAUUUUAAAACGUAUUCUUCUAACACGGAUUGUUCAAAAGCGGAUAAAGAGACAGAGUCAAAUCAGGCUUUAAUCAACCGUAGCAUUUAAUAAGAAGAAGACUACGUACAUUUGCGACGCCAUUGCGACUCUCUUCUUUCACCGGCUUGAUUCUUUUAGCUGGAAGUUGGCUUCUUCGCAGUCGCGCUGGUAAAGUGACGGCAAGAAAGGAGAAAAGGAGCGGUCUUUGCGUAAAAGGGGGAGGAAGAGAGCGGAGGAAGAUCCAAGAUAGGUGUUUGGGGAGAGGAAGGGCGGCCGGUCUCAUUUCUGGUUUUUGAGCUCUGGAGUUGCAGAAGAUGGAAUGGUAAAGAAGGGCUUUUUCUUCAGUUUGAGUGCCAAAGAAGAAAUAUGAUGUUGGAGGGCUUCGAUUCCUGGAUCUUUACCCAGUUCUGAUGCAUUUUUGUUCAAGAAAUAUGGUGGAGUACUGAUCUUUUAUCCAGUUCAGUUGGGACAAAGCCUCAGAUGAGAUUGCCAAUUUUUCAGAGGACUGUUCUUUUGACAUUGGUAAUGAUCAGCAGUUUUUAUAUUUGCUUAUUCUGUUUAAAUCAAAAGGGAUUCAGAAUAAAUCUCAAUGUGACAACGGUCGAAGUCGGGGAUGAAGCUUAUAAGUAUCCCAGUAUUCCGACAGCUGAACUUCCUCACAUUCACUACCCAAAACCUACAACUUACACCAGAAACGAGUGUGCAUGCAACCCCGUUCGAUACUUUGCAAUUAUAUCAAUGCAAAGGUCCGGCAGCGGCUGGUUUGAAACAUUACUAAAUAGUCACAUUAAUAUCAGCUCAAAUGGCGAGAUUUUUUUGGUCAAAGAACGGAGAAGAAAUGUGUCUACUAUCAUGGAGACAUUAGAUAAAGUUUAUAAUUUGGAUUGGUACAGCAGUGCUUCUAAAAAUGAAUGCACAGGUGCAGUUGGCUUCAAAUGGAUGCUUAAUCAGGGCCUGAUGGAGAAUCAUGAGGACACAGUUGAAUACUUCAAAAGAAAAGGUGUUUCUUCUAUAUUCCUCUUCCGAAGAAAUCUUCUUCGUCGACUGGUCUCAUUACUUGCAAACUCUCAUGAUCGCGAUGCUAAGCAAUUGAAUGGGACUCAUAAAGCUCACGUGCACUCAAGACACGAGGCUGAAGUUCUUGCAAGAUUCAUGCCUUUGAUUGAUGUGGAAAGUCUAAUCCCUGAUAUAAAACAAACCAGAAAAUGGAGUACAGAUAUUCUUCAGUACUUCAAAGGCACCCGCCACAUUGUCCUAUACUACGAGGAUCUCGUCCGCAACCAAGCAAAAAUGAUGGAUGUUCUCGACUUCCUAAGAAUGCCACAUGCCAAGCUCACAAGUCGGCAUGUCAAGAUCCACACAAGACCAUUAUCAGACCAUAUUCAGAACUGGGAUGUAGUCUCUCAGGCCUUGAAGGGGACAGAAUAUGAAAGUUUCCUGCACUCUGACUACCAAAGAAAGUAGAAAACCUCGUCAUUUGCUAGCUUACUAGCGGCUUCACCAGACCAUCCUUUCCUAAUUCAGAAGUUUUGAUGAUAAUACAUGGAGUUUGCCUACUAACCGUUCUGUUGGAGGUUUCUUAAGUUCUUUCCUCACACUUGAGACACCCUCACCCAAGUUCAUUAUUGAAGGAUAACCAAACACUUGUAUCUGCUAGUGGAGUCUUUGAGCUCGGCUUUUUCAGCCUUGACAGCUCUAAUAUGAAAUAUUUGGGCAUUUGGUACAAGAAAAUCC